GGCAAUCCUAGAAGACUAUGCGGACCCUUUUGAUGCUCAGGAGACUGGUGAAGCCGCCUCAGGUGCUCCAGGGGCCCCAGAGAAGGUGCCUGAAAAUGAUGGCUACAUGGAACCCUAUAAGGCCCAAAAGAUGAUGGCUGAGAUCCGGGGCUGUAAGGAGAUGACAGCUCAGCCCUUGCCCUUGUACGAUACACCCUAUGAGCCAGAGGAAGAGGGAGCCACCCCAGAGGCCGAGGGGUCCCCCUGGCCUCGGGAAUCCCGCCUGCCUGAGGAUGAUGAGCGGCCCCCCGAAGAAUAUGACCAACCCUGGGAGUGGAAGAAGGAGCGGAUUUCCAAAGCCUUUGCAGCCCAGUUUGAAGGAUCCGAGAAGAGCUGCCUGUCACCUGGCCGGGAGGAGAAGGGGAGACUACCUCCCCGACUUUCUGCAGGGAACCCCAAGUCAGCCAAGCCCCUAGGCACGGAGCCCAGCAGUCCCCUGGGCGAGUGGACAGACCCAGCGCUGCCACUGGAAAACCAGGUCUGGUACCACGGGGCCAUCAGCCGAACAGACGCCGAGAAUCUGCUCCGGCUGUGCAAAGAGGCCAGCUACCUGGUGCGAAACAGUGAGACCAGCAAGAACGACUUCUCUCUGUCCCUCAAGAGCAGUCAGGGCUUCAUGCACAUGAAGCUGUCCCGGACCAAGGAACAUAAGUAUGUGCUGGGCCAGAACAGCCCGCCCUUCAGCAGCGUGCCCGAGAUCGUGCACCACUAUGCCAGCCGCAAACUGCCCAUUAAGGGGGCCGAACACAUGUCCCUGCUCUACCCCGUGGCCAUCCGGACUCUGUAAGAUGGGAGGCCAGGGCACCAUGACAGAUCUGGACCCAGCCCCGUCACCUGGGAUCUAGUAGAUGUUGGAGACUCCUUAAUUUAUUCUCAAGGGCAAGGGCUACUGGGGCCUUGGAGUUAGGAGCGUGUCUGGAGAGACAGGAGAAAGCCCCUAGAGGAAGCGGACUCCAGAGCCUGCUGGUCUCCCGGAAGUUUGCCAACUGGCAGCUGCA